CAAAGGACAAAAAUCCAGAAAAUGGAAGCUUACCAAUAAAAAAGUGAAUUUUGCAUGUUGAAGAAACAAUUUUGAUGCCAGCAGCCAAUUUCGAGCAUUAAUAUUCAUUGAAAGUUUGGGGACAGACAUGACGAAGCGUAGUUGGAAAGAAGCAAUGAAGGCAUUUGGGAGUCAUAUUGAUCUUGAAAAAGAAGAACAGUUGAAAUGGAUAAAAAUAGAAAUAGAGAACAAAGUAAAGAGAAUAGCAAAGCUAAUUAAGAGAUUAAACCAAGGUAGUAGAGAAGGGAAUUUGCAGAGAAGAUCAGAACUACUUCAACUUGUUGAUGAGUUUCACAAACAAUACCAAUCCCUCUAUUCUAUGUAUGAUAAUCUCAAAAGUGAAGUAAGGAAAAAACUUCACGAAGAACACGAGGGUGAUUCGUCUUCUCAAUCAUCUUCGUGCUCGAAUUCAGAAUUAUAUUAUACCCCUGAGGAAAUGGCUACCAAAAGUAACUCGUCUUGUUCUAAUUGUGAGACUUUAGAUGUAGAGGAUGCAAUUUUGAAGGACAAAAUAACUUCGAAAAGUGAAGUUAAGGUUGAAUCUAUGGAUUUUGAUGUGGAAAAAUUUGAGAAAUCGAUGUCUUUUGGCCGAGUGUCUGAGCCAGAGGAAUUCUUCAAAGACCUUAGGAUUCAAGGCGAAGAGACGUUGAUAAAUGAAUCUACAUUGUUAAAGGAGAAAGUGAAAGAAAAAGAAGACGCGAUCUUGUCUCUGAACGAUAAAUUUGAACUUCGCGAGAGGGAGAGAUUGUCUCAAAUGAAAGAGUUAGAAGAUCAAGUUGCUACAAUGAAGCUUGAAUUAGAUAACUUAUGUGUUCAGAAGAGAGAACUCGAGGAGCAAACCGUGUACAAGUUAAAUGAAGUUAAACGAAUAGAAGAAAAUAAUUCAGGAUUGCAAGCUCGCGUCUUAGAACUACAAGCAACAUUCAAAAAGAAAGAUGAUCAAUUUUCUCAACUUCUUAAAAAAUUUAAGGAGAAUCAACAGAAAUCAAAGUCAAGAAUCGACGAUCUGAUGGCAAAAUCAACUGGUCUGCAGAAAGAAGUGGACCGUUUACACGCUGAAAGGAAUGAAUUGGAAGAAAAAUUGUUACACGAAACCAAAAAAGGAUCGGAUCAAGUCAAGGACGUAACAGAAAGAACACAAUUUCUUGAUUUAACAGAAAGGACUGAUUAUCUGCAACAUGAGUUGGAAGCCUUGAGAAACCAGAAAUACGAGCUAGAGUCAUUACUAAAAGAGAAAACUCAAGAAGUAUCAGAAUGUCAACUUCAGAUAGAAAACAUGAAAGUGAAAUUAACAAGCACGACGUUGUCAGAGAAAGGGGUAACAAAAGAGAAGGAAGGGUUAAACUCGGAGGUGAAAUCACUCGCGAAAGAAACAAGUGACUUGAAAGAGAAGAUAAUGGAUAUGAAUCAAGAAGCUUAUCAUUUAGAAUUACAAAAAGAAAAGCUGAAUGAUAAGAUUAUGGAGUUGGAAACAAAACUAUUAGGAAAAGAAGCAGAGGUAGGAAUUCUUCAGAAGAAACUCGAGGCUUAUAUGAACGAUAUGUCUACUCAGAAUUCAACGUUAACAGCGCGAAUUUCAACAGCAGAAACUGAAAAAUCAAGAUUGAAAUCUCAGCUUGAGAAAGAGAAACAUGAAUUUUCACAAAGCCUUAAGCAGAUGGAAAAGAAAAACACUGAAUUGACUAUCAAGAUCGCGGAGCAUGAGAAAAAUAUAAGAGGAAUGGAAAUUAUCGCAAACAAGUCAAAAGAGGAACAUAAACAAAUGCAAAUAAGGUUAGAAGAAUCCAAAUCAAAUUUUCACAAUGCUGAAAGAAAACUAGAAGAAAUGACUGAGGAACUACGCAAGACGUUUGAGGACAGUUUACGAAUCUUGAGCAGAAGGAUCCGAGUAGCAGAACAAUUGCAUAUAGAGAACAAGGAGUGGUACCAAAAAACCAGGAACUCGUACGAAAAGGAAAACAAAGAUCUCAAGGAGAAAAAUGCAAGGCAUGAAAUGAGGCUAAGGGGAAUUAAGGAUAUAUCAUUGACAGCAAGUGAUAUGUUAGGUUCACUAGACGCCGUGGCACUAAAGUUUGAGGAAUGCACGGCUCAUUUCUUGAAUCGAAUAUCUAAGGUUUCGUGUGAGUUGAAGUUCGUAAAAGAUUGGGUGAUGAGGAAAAACAAAGCAAUGUCACAUGUUAAAGAUGAUUUUGAUUGUUUACUUACACAAUGUGAUGAUAAAGAAGCUGAGAUAUUGAAAUAUAGAGAGAAAGUUUGGAAGUUAGAGAAUAAAGUUAGAGAACUAGAGAAAAUGAUCAAGGAUCAAGAGGAAUCAAUGUUGGUAUUAAAGGAGGAAAAGCGAGAGGCGAUUAGACAAUUAUGUGUAUGGAUUGAUUAUCAUCGUAGUCGCUCUGACUAUUAUAAAAGGAUUCUGUUAACUGAAUUUGGUCGAAGGAGCGCGCCAUAGGAAUGAUUUCCUUCAACCAUCAGUAACUACAUUCUUUAGUCAUAGUUAUAUGAUGAUAUGUAAUAGUUUGUGUCCAUUUUUAUGCACGCGUGGGGCCCACUAAAAGGGGAAAACGCUUCUUACCAGGAGUUUCUCCGAUUAGAUUUUAUCCUUUUGACUAUAUGCAAUUGAUGAGAUGUAAUAGUUUUUUAUCCUUUUUGUUUCUUUUAUCAAGAUUCGUGCUGCAUAGGGCCCACAACCAGAAGUUUUUCCAUUCUGACUAAACUUGAGAAGGUUGGAACCGCCAUUUGCAGCUCUUACCAGGAGUUUCUCCAUUCCGACUAAACUUGAGAAGGUUGGUAAAAUCUUGUCCUGACGAUUGUGUUCACCAAUUUGUUUUUGGUUCAUCAAUAGGUUUUUUCUUGUUAGAAGAAUUGUAUACUGAAUAAAGAGUAUUAGGGCACCUAAAAAACAUUAGUGACAUGCACAAAUAAUUUAGCACUGUACAUCUGCAUUAAAUUGGGAUGUAACAGUUUACUCUCUUGUACAUCUGGAUUUGGGAUUAAA